GGACAUGUUGUUAUUCCCAAGGGUGCCGUCCGUCCAUGAACCGCUCCUUCCAUUCCGGGAUGCUUGCGCCUUCCGCUUUCGUUUCGCUGCCUAACUGGUGGCAACAAUCAAAUCUCGCCAAGUUUGCACGGCUCACUAGGUGUCAAGAAGUCGCGUAGAGGAUGUACAUCUUCUGGACUGAUAAGAUUUGCUGAAGUGUAAACCGCUGUAUGGGCAACACCUCCUCGACAGCAAUGUCGACCAGUUCGUCUAGCGCGUCCAGCAUGCAGCCUCCAAGGAGCAAGGGUAUGACUGUCACGGUUAAUCCCAACAUAUCUCCGGAGCAUUACUUGCAGGCCAAGAUCGAAGAUCACGACGAGGAAGGAGAGUAUCCUAGUACUCCCGAUGAUAAGAAAGAAGGACUAGCUGCGCCUGUCGACAUCUCCCAGUGCGCGGUGAAAGGGCAAGCCGCCAACGAUGUGGAGGCCUGGAUGAGCCAGCUUGAGAACCAUGGCGUCGUGAAGCCAGUGCUCUCUGCCGCGAGACAUACACCCUCGCCGCUUAAUAUACAGCCUGGAAAGAAUCUUGUGGCGCACCCACCACGGAGCCCAACACGAUACAUAUCCAAAGAAGCUCCACAUAGACAUACAGCAAGUCAUGAUGACUUGCACAAUUCAAUCAGCGAGUCCGUUGCCUACAAUGGGGCGUCAGGUACGGUUGAGCCCUGGGUUCCGCCUUCUAAGCUUGAUGACAUUUUGCACUACGAUAUUCGUGCUCGGGCCGUCUUCUGGAUGAAUCGCGCCCUUACCGCAGACAAGUUCACCAUGGUAUUCCAGUCGGAUUUGUAUACCGUUUACUCGACGUCCUUCGCCAAGCACAUGAGUUCUGUCAUGGCAAAAUCCGAACUGCUUGACCUGGUCGUGAAGAUGUUCAAAGGCGCUAUCGCGCACUCGGAAGGUGCAGACAAUGACGCUCCGGUAAUUCGUAACAUCGCAUGGCGCGGCCAGCCAACGUGCGAAGACCACAUUAAGGCACGCGUCGAGUGCGAACGGCAGGGAUCUGUGCAACGGCAUCCGUUAGAUGCUGCCCAGAUGACGCCGAACGAGAUGCAGGGCUUCAUCGCUGCUUUGGACGAUGAUUACCGACCUAGCAACAAACUCAUAACGAAAGCUCUCCUUCGCAAAGGGCGGCGCUUAUUCCAUGUCGCGGAGCCGGUGCGUACGAGGCUCUGGCUUCGCAUGCUUUUUGAAACAGGGCACAACGAGAAGGUCUUGGAGAGCUCAGUCUGGGAAAUCUACAAGCAGACAUUUGGACCGUACUGCGUAGAUCAUCCGUAUUUGGACGCCACGAACUUCUUGAAGGCCAUCAGCCGAGUUUUUCCGCAAAGCGAAGAUGUGGAAGUGGCACCGGAAGAGCGUGUCAUCUGGGGCAUUCGGCCUCGCGAAGUCUUGGGCAGAGUGUCAGAUGUGCUGAAGAGGUACCACCAACAUCAAGUUGCGAGGCGCUACGACGAGCUAAGCGGCGUUAUGCUAGAAGCGGUCAAGAACGGCGAGUUUGUCAUACCCGACCCUCUGAAGAAGGGUGCUGCGUCCAAUAAGUUUCAGCAAGCACUGCUGCUCGACCCAUUGUUCCCACUUCCUGCGUCACAAGAGUCACCAUGGAUGUUGCGUCUUCGUCGACGCGCUAACGGAGAACCCCUAGGUGACCAGCAAACUGGCUUUCCAGAAGUAAGCAUGAAGCAGCUGAGCCGGAAGAUCGCACGGGAUCUGAAGUACGCAGCCCGGACGUUGGUGAAUAGUGCUAGCGGUCGAGACCUUGAUGGUGCUUGUAUGACCGGCUCAGUGCGCGCGCCGUUGCGGAGUUCGGCAGGUGCUACACAUUCGGAGGGACAAAAGAAGGUGUUGGAUGGACAUGGGUCAAGCCCGGCAUCGUCAGCUGGAGUAUCCGUCACGGAAGCGACAGAAGCUUCUCAACGCCUACAGGAAGCGAGGAAGACCGUCACUGAAGCUGUAAAGACCGUCAAGGAAGUCGGCAAUGUCGGCUAAGCAUCCAAUGAGCAAGACUAACGAAGCAAAGAUCAUAGUGAGUUGGACGUGUCAUUGUGACAAUCUUUGCCGAGAGCUCCGAUUGUAUCGCGCCGACUUGGCAGAAGAC